GGGCGGCCUCCUCUCCUCUCCUCUCCUCCCAGCUCCCCGCCCCCCUUUCCUGGCCGCCGCCCUCCCGGCCGGCUUCGCUCGCCAUGUCCGCCCUGGAGAAGCAGCUGCAGCUGGGCCGCCUGCCCCCUCGCCCUCCGGGCCCCGCGGGGGGAAGCGGGCAGGGCCCCCCCAAGAUGCGCAUGGGACCUGGAAAGAAGCGUGAUUAUUCCCCAGUCCCGUGGAGCCAGUAUUUUGAAUCUAUGGAAGACGUCAUCGUGGAGAGCAAUUCGGGCAAGGAUACUUUUCGAAUUUACAAGAGUGGCUCCGAGGGCCCCGUCUUGCUCCUGCUCCACGGCGGGGGCCACUCUGCGCUCUCCUGGGCGGUGUUCACGGCUGCCAUCAUCAGCCGGAUCCAGUGCAGGAUCGUCGCUCUGGAUCUGAGAGGACAUGGUGAGACAAAGGUUAGAAAUCCCGAGGAUCUCUCUGCGGAGACGAUGUCCAGAGACGUCGGCAACGUGGUGGAGGCCUUGUAUGGAGACCUUUCCCCUCCCAUCAUGCUGAUCGGACACAGCAUGGGGGGCGCCAUUGCUGUCCACACGGCCGCUUCCAAUCUGGUGCCCAGUUUGCUGGGUCUGUGCAUGAUCGACGUUGUGGAAGGUACAGCGAUGGACGCCUUGAACAGCAUGCAGAAUUUUCUCCGAAGUCGGCCCAAGACCUUCAAAUCUCUUGAGAACGCCAUCGAGUGGAGUGUGAAAAGUGGACAGAUACGGAAUCUUGAAUCUGCCAGAGUCUCCAUGGUUGGCCAAGUGAAACAGUGCGAAGGAGUGGCCAGUCCUGGAGCCCGCAAAGCCAUAGUAGAAGGGAUUAUAGAGGAGGAGGAAGAGGAGGAGGAGGAAGACGGGGAAAACGGGGAGUCGGUGAACAAAAGGAAGAAAGACGAUGAUGUGGAGCCCAAGAAAGAUGUGGCCUACACGUGGCGCAUUGAACUGGCCAAGACUGAGAAAUACUGGGAUGGCUGGUUCAGGGGCCUCUCCAACCUCUUCCUCGGUUGCUCUGUUCCUAAGCUGCUACUUUUGGCCGGUGUUGACAGAUUGGAUAAAGAUCUCACCAUUGGCCAGAUGCAAGGGAAAUUCCAGAUGCAAGUCCUUCCACAGUGCGGCCACGCAGUCCAUGAGGAUGCUCCAGACAAAGUUGCUGAAGCGGUGGCAACUUUCUUGAUCCGUCACAGGUUUACAGAGCCCGUUGGUGGAUUUCAGUGCGUUUUCCCUGCUUGUUAAUAACCCGGCGAUCCUGACUCGGCGCCAACUCCCUGUUGUAAAUAAAGCCACACCAGAGGCCACUGUAACGUAAUCCCGUAUCCUUCUCAAUCAACCAAGUUCCGUAACCAACACAGAACAGUCUGUGGAAGAGGCAUCCCGUGAGACCUGGUGGACGCCGAGGUUCCUUUUUCUGUCCCCACGCCCUUGUCCGGCUGCAGACGCCCUGUGUUCCUUUUCCCCCCCUUCUGUUUUUUUUUAUUUUUUGUUUGUUUGUCCGUUUUAAUUUGCCCUUUGUCUAGAGGAAGUAAGCCUAGAAUACUCAGAGGCUGCCUGAGAAAGUGCAGCGGACCACGAGGAAUUCUUGGAUCAUGGCCAGUUGACAGGUGAUCUUAGGCUGAGCUAGAACCCUGGCUGCUCGCUCUUCCUCUCCUUGGUCCAUGGAGCAGGAAAACGAGCGAGCGGCCAUCGUGCGGGCUGGCACCACGGCUCACCGCACGGAAUGAACACAUUCCACCGGCUGGGUCUUUCCGCUUGCUCGACAGACCGGUGCUUGCAAGCCCCCCCAAAAAAGGAGGUUUUCCAGAUUGCUUAGGGACUGGUGUCCUGGUUUCCUGCCCGAUACACCGGCUGCCUACGCUGAGGCUAGGAGAACAACAUGCCCCUCAGAUGGGGGGACCACAGCCCCACAAGACGGAAGGAGAGGACGACCGACAGCAAGGGUUUCCGAACAAGAUUUUCAAAAUCUAGCCUCUUACAGGAGCUGGUUUGCAGCUGGGCUGUUGUUUGGGAAGCUUUGGGGGGGAUCAUAUUCCUGCUAAGGUCUGGAAUCAGCAGUCAGGAGGAGCCUGGGAGAGGCAGGCCUAUUUGGAGAGCAAGGUGAAUCUAAUUCAGGUCCACACCUGAACUGAAGCCCGGGAGCAGGUCCUGUUCUUUGUCCUUGAGCUCCAGUCUGUUCCUUUUGCCACCUCUGCGUCCACUGGGCCACGACAAGCCCACGGGGGGCUCUUUCCUUGUAUAUCUGUGAGCUCCCUCUUGAAAGCACCCUUUUCAUGGUUACCGAUUCACAACAUCCAGACCAGGGAAGGGAAAGAACACGAAUCUGAAGAUUCCGUGUACCCUUCUGUAUUCUUGGUUUGUUUUUCAGCAGGGAGUGGGGUGGGUGGGUUAAUAUUUCAUAGACCAUCUGGCCUGGAGCUUCCUGUUCAUAGUUUUGCAAUAACCGGCGAAACAAAAGUGCAUUUCUGUGGAUAUUUCAUAUGCAAAGGGCUCUUAGCGGCAGCCGAUAGAAGCCAAUAGAUUUGCGGUAGCAGGUAAAGGCUGUUUGCUAGGUGUUUCCCAAGCUUGCAAAAAGAAAAACCCUCAAACCUUUCCUGGCUGCUGGCAAGAGAACCUCCCGGUGGAUUUGGGGGUCCAGAAGGCUCCAACCCUUUACCAAAUCCGUGCACGGUGGGGGAUAUUCAUGCGUGUAGAGGAGACUCUUCUUCCUUUUUUCCCUGUGUGUGCAGCUUGGAAUAAUUCCCUGGAGUGGUAUUGAUAGGGACGUAGGGACCCUCUUUAUACCCUUUGCCGUGAAGGCCGGGGACGCAGGUCGUGAUGGGGUGCAGCCUUUUCCUGAUCCGUCCCCGUCGAUCCUGGGGAGACGCUUGCUGGGAUCAGCCCGCGCAUCCAUGCUCAGAGGUCCAAGACCUCUGGUCCACCAGAUGAGGGCAUCUCUCACACGGACAUGCUGAAAGGGAGUCCUUGACCAAAGUACUCCUGGUUUUGUCCUUCCUGCCACAUCGCCAUCACCCCUCUGCAGCCAGGAAGAAAGCCCUUUUUCCUCACAUUUGGGGAGCAAGAGGGACGUUCCCUGCCUCCCCAUUUAAUGAGAUCGCACUUCAGUCCGGGACCAGCCUGUCAGUCGUGACGAAGGGAGACGCCAUGUUCAAAUGCAACAGUGAUUCUCAAACUGGGGUCACCCAGAUGUUCUUGGCUGGCAGCUCCCAGAAAUCCUGGCCAGCACGGCUAAGCGGCGAAGGCUUCUGGGAGUCGUAGUCCAAGAACGUCUGGGGACGCAAGGUUUGGAGUCGCUGAAAGACGAUACGGAGCUCCUGGCACUUAAGACGGAGACACUUGUGUCCGUGGCAUAAAGAGUCAGGGCCCUGAGAUUUCAGAAGAGAAGAGAGUGUUCCCUUGUGUUUGAGGUGUUUCCCAAAAUUAAGGUUUGCUCUUCCAGUGAAGAGGUGCAGAGCUUGGCCAGGCUUAGAAGGGCGAGCCGUCCUCUGUCUUUCCAGCAAAUGGAUCCCUCUUCUGAUUGCUUCCCUCCUCCACCCAUCCCUUGUUUGGCUGGCCGGGGUGGGGUGGGGGUUUGAGGGUGUGUCAUGCAACCAGCCUGGAGUGAGGCUCCUCUUCGGAAGCCCAGCUUUGAUAAUUUGGCCUUCAGUUUCCCCAGAAGUGCAUUUCUCUGUUCUUUUCUGGCUUCAGGCAAGCGGAACCGGCCCGCCCUGCUCCCAACCGUCUCGGUAGGAUGCCAGCAUUUUCCUUCCCUUUCAUGUCAUGGUUUUCUUUAAACUGAGUUUUAGUUUUUGAUUUGAAGGCUGCUUGCUUUCUCCCUCUCCCCAUGUGUGUGUGUGUGUGUAUUGUGAAGUUAUCUCGGACCUUUGCAGCCCCCACCCCACACCUCAAGCACAACCAGAGUGAGGCCAUGUGGCAGAGGGACAGCGGAUGGCCGGAAUCACGAGGCCAGCGGUCCCCAUCCGUUCUGUACUUGAUCUCCAUGUGACUGGCGAUGUUUGAGGGCUGGGCAGAGCUUAACUGGGUCCCACACCCUGAAGCGGGUCUCCAGCAUUUUUUCCACCCCAUCCUCCCCCACUUUUUUUUUAAAUGGGGCUUUGUCUUUGCCCAGUUCCCUAAGGAAGUGUUUCCCCCUUUAGCACAUAACACACUGUUCCCCAGAAUCUGUACUACUGGCUUUUGGCGGGGGGGGGAUUCUUCUUCUCCCCCAUUUUCGUUUAAACCCCUGCUCAUGAUGAUGACCCUUGUUUUAUGAAAAUAAAUAUUUCGCUACCUGC